GCGCAGUGUAAAACACACCAACGAAAGUGUCCAUCAUCAAAUGAACACUCAGCUGGCCCUCCACUAGUUUUUGACAACAACGACUCUGUCGACAAUGUUCACAUCUUGACUAUUGGCCUAAAAGCUGACAUAACUUCUUAUUAGUCUGUUAUUUUUUUGCUUUGGAGGUGUAAACAAUGGAGCCGUCUGCGCCUAAAAGCAAAUUGAAAAAGCUGAGUGAAGACAGUUUGACCAAACAACCAGAGGAAGUGUUUGAUGUACUAGAGAAACUGGGUGAAGGAUCCUAUGGCAGUGUGUUCAAAGCCAUCCAUAAGGAGUCGGGUCAGGUGGUGGCCAUCAAGCAGGUUCCUGUGGAGUCUGACCUACAGGAGAUCAUCAAGGAGAUUUCUAUCAUGCAGCAAUGUGACAGCCCUUACGUAGUGAAGUAUUAUGGCAGCUACUUCAAGAACACAGACCUGUGGAUUGUUAUGGAGUACUGCGGAGCUGGGUCAGUCUCUGACAUCAUCAGACUACGCAACAAGACGUUGACAGAGGAUGAGAUUGCCACUAUUCUGAAGUCAACACUGAAGGGUCUUGAAUACCUUCACUUCAUGAGAAAGAUCCAUCGGGACAUCAAGGCGGGAAACAUCCUCCUCAACACAGAGGGACACGCCAAACUGGCAGACUUUGGAGUUGCUGGACAACUAACGGACACAAUGGCAAAGAGAAACACUGUGAUUGGUACUCCAUUCUGGAUGGCUCCAGAGGUGAUCCAGGAGAUUGGUUACAACUGUGUGGCUGACAUCUGGUCUCUAGGCAUCACAUCCAUAGAGAUGGCAGAGGGCAAACCUCCCUAUGCUGACAUCCAUCCCAUGAGAGCUAUCUUCAUGAUCCCAACCAACCCUCCUCCAACAUUCAGGAAGCCGGAGCUUUGGUCUGAUGAAUUCACAGACUUUGUGAAGAAGUGUCUGGUCAAAAAUCCAGAGCAGAGAGCGACCGCAACCCAGCUCCUGCAGCACCCGUUCAUCAGCCAAGCCAAGCCAGUCACAAUCUUGAGAGACCUGAUCACUGAAGCCAUGGAGAUGAAAGCCAAGAGGCAGCAGGAGCAGCAGAGAGAGCUAGAGGAGGAGGACGACAACUCUGAGGAGGAGACUGAGGUGGACUCUCACACUAUGGUAAAAUCAGGCUCUGAAGGUGCAGGAACCAUGCGAGCCACAAGCACCAUGAGCGAUGGGGCGCAGACCAUGAUUGAACACGGCAGCACCAUGCUGGAGUCAGACCUCGGCACCAUGGUCAUCAACAGUGAUGAUGAUGAAGAGGAGGAGGAAGACCAAGGAUCCAUGAGGAGGCAUGCCACCCCCCAACAGCCGCUUCGCCCGUCCUUCAUGGAUUACUUUGACAAGCAGGAUUCCAACAAGGCCGCCCAGCAGCAGGAGAAUUACAAUCACAACCAGCCCCAGGAGCAGCCUGGCUACCACAUCCAGUCCAAAAACGUCUUCCCUGAUAAUUGGAAGGUUCCUCAGGACGGAGACUUUGACUUUCUGAAGAACUUGGAUUUUGAGGAGCUUCAGAUGCGAUUGAGUGCCUUGGAUCCUAUGAUGGAACGGGAGAUUGAGGAGCUCAGGCAGCGCUACACCGCUAAGAGGCAGCCCAUCCUUGAUGCCAUGGAUGCAAAGAAGAGAAGACAACAGAACUUCUAAGUGUUUCCCUCUCCCAAAGCCACCAUCACCACAAAACUUGUGUCACAUUGACUCAGAAGAGUAAAGAAGACGUAACUGUCUCUGUUGGAACCCCGCUGCUGUUCUGACUGACUGCUAACUGACCUCUUAAUGAAGUUACAGGCUUCUGUCACUCUCCAUCUUGGCUCUGGGAAUCUACACUCAUCUGCCUUGUUUCUAAAAUACAUCUGGAUGCUGUUUCUCCAUUUUAUAUCUUAAAUUUGCUUCUAUGGCUCCUGCAAAGUUGCUCUCUGGUGAAUGAUGCUCAGGAUUGCAGCCAAAGCAAAAACAUACGCUCUGGAGUUCCCCUUUUCCAAAUGAAAUGACGUUUGUUGCUCACUGAAAAGCUUCAGGGAAUCCCCAUCAACAUAAAAGAAGCCUGUCUACUCCUCACAGUAACAGCAGUGUGAUCAGCUGGUCAGUGACUCGUGGUGUUUGUUCCUCGGACUUGUGUGUAAAUAUGUAGAGCUUAGUUUGAAAACACCUUUGACAAAAAGCUGUGGAGGCUCAUCCAUGACCAAAGACAAUCACAAUGAUGUUUAAGUUGAGAAUGCCUUAAAAUAUUUGAAGCCUGGUUUUCAAAAUAAGCAAUGUAGUAAAACAACCAAGUCGUCGCAUAGUCAGAUGCAUUUCCAUGCUUGGAGAGGGGUUAGAAAUAAAGAGAGGAAAUCUAGAAAAAGUACAGAAAAGAUGAAAACAGUGAAGUAGACUGAUCGAUAGUGCAUGCUUUCAGUCCUUGGUGGAUCAGCAAUUUGUGAGCAUUUUUCAUUGUCUUAAAGGUUAUUUUUCAAUUCAAGUUUGACAUCUGAGGCUUCUUUAAACAUCCAGGUUACUGUCUCUGUUCUUCUUAGUGCCUAAUUCAUACAUUUAUUUACUGCUCUCAACUAAAAAAGCCAUUAUCACACAUGUACUCCUAAAAAUUGAUAUCAUAGCUUAAUGUGUUUGGACAGACUGGUAGUGGGAAAAUGUAUUCUUGUGAACAGAAAAGAGUAGCAGGGAGAAUAGAAGGAGCCUCUUUACCUGAACAAAUUGGUCAUGCAAACAACUAGGGAGUCAAACCAGGAGAAAAUCAGUUUGUUUCUUUGUUUGGCUGUUUGUGUUUACACAUGUAGCUCACCUGAAUAUAUUAUUUAGGGGUUUUUGUGCGUUUGUGUUAAGGGCUCAACACUACAUGAGUCAAAACCCUAGCUUGAUUUGACAAAAUGAUCCAUUUUACUCACAAAAAACAAGAGGCAUCUGUUGCAGACCUCUACAGUGGGGCAACCUUGACCAUGGGGUGGGAAGUGAUUUACUAACCCUUGUUUUUUUCCUUAGUUUGUGGUGUGUUAUUUUUAGUUUUAUCCUCCACCUUCUUACCCUAAUACUAACCUUAAGGUUUUGGGUGCCUAAACCUACUCCUCUUUGGGGUUUCCUUUGUUUGUGUUAUGAAUUUAAAUGUAUCCCCCUCAGUAAAUUUUUGAUUUGAUAGAAUUCUGCUGUUGUGAAAAAUACCCACUUACAUCAUUCAGUACGUCAUUCUGGUUCUGUCUUGGGUAAUGUGCGUCACUUCCCGACCCGUGGUCGAGGUCACCCCACCAUAGAGGUCUGCAGCCAGAUCCUCUUAGCAAAAAACAAGGUUACACCUGAACUCAUUCCUAAACUUAAAAACAUAUGUUUCCAUAAAAGCAAAAACAUUCCAAAAUAUUGUUUGAUUUUUUCAUGUCUCUGGAGUCUUUAAAACCUCAAUUGUCUGUAAUUAUUUCAAACUUUGAUUGACUUAAGUCAGAUCAGAGGAUGGAAGUGUACAGCUUUUUAAACAGAUGUGCAGCCUGCUUUUACCCUAGACAGUGAAGAAAGCAACCAAAAAACCUAAUAGUCCUCUAUCAGUAGGACAUGACUGAUCACAUUAACAGUUCAUUCACUGAGCAUUAAAACAACAUCUUGUUAAGAUGAAAAAUACAAACAUUAAACACUGCACACAUCAUCAAAAGAAAGCUAUACAAUCAUCCUGACAUCUAUUGUUUGAUUUUCAGUGAUAGUCAUCCAAGUAGGAUUUUUCAGCCAAUUCCCCCCUGCAGGUUGAUUCAUGUGUCCUCUAUAAUCCAUUGGAAUGAGUUAUAUUUACUUGUAUUUGUGAUAUUAUUAAUGAAGGAUUGAAGCUCUGAUUACAACAGAAUCUAUAAAGGUGGGUUUUUGGUCUUAAUACUUUAUGGCUGUUAUCAGAUCUGUAACUCUUAAAUAAUGAUGUCAAUAGUUGCUUUUUUCUUCACAAUUAUGAAUGUUGAAAUGGAAACUGACUGACCAGCUGAUGAUGUGUCUCUUCAUGAAGGAUUUUUUAAAAAUUCACAAAUGUAUUGGCAAUGACCCUAUGAAUGAAUUUUAUUUUGAAAAAAUCUGUUCACAGGUUGCUGUUACACAUGAAUGUUAAUAUGCAGUAUUGAUGGUGUGGUUCAGCCCACACGCACUGCAUAUUAAUCUAUCAUCAAAAUAUUAAUGUAAUCUUAUAAAGAAGACCUGUUACAUUGUCACACCUGGUUGACAAUUUUGGUAAGCUGAGCCAAUGUUUUAACCUCAUCAAUCCAAUCAUGCUACAAUCAGUACUAGUCCACACUUGUCUGUUUUUGUUUGAGUCUGAUUUUAUUUCUCUGUUACAUCAUAAAUCAUUAACAUUCUUUUAUUCUGUCUUCAUGAAUUAAGUCUAAAGAUCAUUACUGACAAGCUUAUUUAUUAUAUGUUUGAUUUGUUUACUUCUGACACUGGUUUAAAUAUGGUAGCUGAAUUGGCUGUUUAUAUUUUUGCCACCGUUGUCAAAUACGAUGACUUGAUUUCUGUGUGUUUUAGACUAUGCAUGUUUAUAAUUACGUUUGCUAUUUAGUGGAAUGCUAUUAUUGUAUUAACUGCACAGGUAAGAGUACUGUUAAUAAGGAAGCUGUGUUUUCAGCUUUAAAUGAAACGACUUGCUUUGUACGAUAAAUAAGUCCCAUUGUUGAGAAUCUGCCAUAAUAUGUAUAGUUAUAAAUCAGUCUGACAUAUAGCAAUAUGAUUUUAAUUUCAUGUAUUUCACUAUUCUGCUUCAUAACGACUUGAGGGUGUAGAGUGGAAUGUAAGCAUUUAUGUUUGAACCACUUAAUUUAUUAUAUUUUGUUUGUAAUACUUUAUAACGUUUUGCAAAAGUGCAAAAAAUAAUAAAAGUUACUUACAGCUAA